AUGCAUGAGAGACCGCCUCACAACGGGUCUCUAUUUCAGGGUCUGUUAAAUCAAGAUACCCGUUCAUUAGGGGGCUCUGUUUGUGAGAACAAAGGACCUGUUACAAGUGAUAACAGUGGACCCAUUCCGCAAAUUGAGGUUUGGAAUAACAAUGGUGUUAAAUAUGUUGUGCAGUUCAAUGAUUUUUGCCAACCAAUUCGAAAAGGUGGGCAUAUAUUGGUCCAAUUCCUUGGUAGCAUUGCAAAAGAAGAGCGCUUCUGCCCACUUUCAGAGAAGACUUGGCGAGAAGUAUUACACCCAAGCUCUACAGUUGAUAAAGUUUGGAGGAAUUAUAAGCAUGAUCUUAAGAAACGAUACUUUAAACCAGAUGAGAAAUCAAUAACAGAAAUUGUUGAUAAUCCCCCAAAUGGAGUUAGCAAGAGUAAUUGGGUUAAUUUGGUUAACUACUGGAAUUCAGAGAGAGGGAAAGAAUUGUCUGAAAUCAGAAAAGAGGCAAGAGCAUCUCUAAACCAAAUUCAUAAUUAUGGUGGUACAAGCUUUGCGAAUAGACGUGCUGAUUAUGAAGAUGAGCACGGAGAAGAAAUGAGCCUAUUUGAACUAUGGAAAAAAUGUUAUAGAAGGAAAGAUGGAACUUUUUACGAAGGCACAGACACAGAAGAUUUCCUGGAAGAUGUUAAGGCUAAGGUUGAAAGCUUAAGGCUUGCAUACCCUGAUGGUUCAAAGUCGCGUAUUGAAAUAGAGAAUGAAGCUUUUGAGGCUACACUGUAUGGUGGACAGAUUCCUGAAAAACCACAAGGCUUGUGUUUUGGAGUUCGAAGUGGAGACAUUUAUGGGGUGCGUGGUGCACUUAGAAAAGAAGGGAUUGGAAAAGGAAAUAGAGUUGUGGAAUUGGGCAACAUGUCAUCAGAGGUAUCAAGUUUGAAAGAAGAAAAUAAGGAGCUUCAUAAGCAAAAUGAAGAGAUAAAAGGAAAGUGUGAUGAGAAUACAAAGCUACUUAAGACAAUGACAACACUAUUUUCUCAAGUUUUAGAAUCCAUUCGUAGUGGAGAAGGUUCAUCACAACUUCUAGAUACUGCACAACUAGCCUUGCGUAUGGCUAACCCUCAGGUGUCUAAUGACUCCGUAGACCAUGGAGGCGGAAGAUAUGAAUCAAGGGAUGCUUAGCUCGUUUAACCAUUGACUCAGAUUAGGAAACUUGUAAUUAUAUUAUUUGGCUAGAUUUGAAUGGUUUAUGAGAUGACCAUAGAUUCAACAGGUUGAAGAUCAUAUAUUUUAUCUUUGAGGUUGUCUUUUGGAUUCUGAAAUUAGCUAAGAAUAAUUAUGUAGUAGUUCAAACAUAUUAUAUGAUAAGCUUUACUUUAAAUGUUAUGGUACGAUGUUUUAUAAUUAUU